GUCAGAACGGAUUUAGAUUGAAGCGAACGUUCAAAGCGCGCAGAUCCACAAACCACAACUGAAGCAAGCAAGUGACAAAACUCGAUUAUUGCGGUCCCAUAAAGAAUUAUAAGAAAGAUCAGUGACAAGUGCAACAGAACAUAACAGAGAAAUGGCAGCCAGAACAAUGCCUCUCCUCCGUCCCACACACGUACUAGGCCUCGGCUUGGUCCUGCUCCUCAUGUGGGAGCCAGCCCCCAGCACAGGCUAUGCAAUUGGCCAGUCGAAAUUCGGAAAGAUCGAAAAGUUCCCCUACCAAGUGAUGCUGAUAGGAAAGCAGCUGUGGCGCAAGCGCAUUCUGUGCGGCGGCACAUUGCUGGACAGGCGCUGGAUACUCACUGCCGGCCACUGCACCAUGGGAGUUACCCACUAUGAUGUGUACCUGGGCACCAAGAGCGUGGAGGACACGGAGCAGUUGGGAGGACUGGUGAUUCGUUCAAACAAAUUCAUUGUGCACGAGCAAUUCAAUCCGGAGACGGCUGCAAAUGACAUCGCUCUGGUCAAGCUGCCAAUGGAUGUGGCAUUUACCACUCGUAUCCAGGCAGCCUCGUUGCCCAGCAGACAGCGGCAUGAACAGUACACGGGCAUGAGCGUGGUGGCCAGCGGAUGGGGCGCCAUGGUAGAGAUGUCCAACUCGGACUCGAUGCAGUACACAGAGCUUAAAGUGAUCUCGAAUGAGGAGUGCGCACAGGAAUACGAUGUGGUUACGUCAGGUGUGUUGUGUGCCAAAGGCCUGAAAGACGAAACCGUGUGCACAGGCGACUCCGGUGGCCCUCUAGUGCUCAAGAACACACAAACCGUUGUGGGCAUUACCAGCUUUGGCCCAGCCGAUGGCUGCGAAACCAAUAUUCCCGGAGGCUUCACUCGAGUCACAAACUAUUUGGACUGGAUUGAGAGUAAGACUGGUGGUCUUACUGCACCACAGCGGGUCCACUCGAAUCAGCAUUACGUCCGGCCACACCAAACGCAUCAGGAGCAGCAGCAGCACCAGCAUCCGCAUCAGCAGCAGCAGCAUCAGCAUCAGCAUCCGUAUAGUGAUGACAAUCUCAUUUAGGAUGAGUACGUCCAGUCGUACCUACCCCCUUUGACUGAAUCUUUAUAGCUUUACCUUGAAAGAAUUCUCUAAUCGUGUGAUAUAUGUCUAGAUACUCCUUCAGUUAGCUAAUUUCUCCAUCUAAAUUUGUACAUUGUUCUUAGUUUUAACUAUUUAAACAUCUAUAUUUAUUUUAAUUGUAAGGCUCCAAAUGAAAGACAAAACCCCAAAUUCCC